AUGGGCGACACCGAUUUUCACGAAUCAAACCAACUGCCUGAACUCAAGCUAGAUUCUAAGCAGGCUCAAGGGUUUCUCUCUUUCUUCAAAACCCUACCGGAGGACCCUCGGGCAGUUCGGCUCUUUGAUAGACGGGACUAUUAUACCGCUCAUGGUGAAAAUGCAACUUUUAUCGCCAAGACUUAUUACCAUACAACUACGGCUAUGCGGCAAUUGAGUAAUGGGUCUGAUUGUCUUUCGAGUGUUAGCAUCAAUAGAAAUAUGUUUGAAACAAUCGCCCGGGAUCUUCUUCUGGAUAGAACUGACCAUACCCUUGAACUCUAUGAGGGAAGUGGGUCUAAUUGGAAACUGGUAAAAAGUGGAACUCCGGGAACUCUGGGCAGUUUUGAAGAUGUUUUGUUUGCCAACAUUGAAAUGCAAGAUUCUCCUGUGGUUGUUGCACUCAAUCCAAACUUCCGUGAAAACGGGUGCACAGUGGGUUUGAGCUAUGUUGAUUUGAAUAGAAGAGUUUUAGGGCUCGCAGAAUUUCUGGAUGAUAGUCACUUCACAAAUGUCGAGUCAACUUUGGUUGCUCUUGGCUGCAAGGAGUGCCUUCUACCUAUUGAAGCUGGAAAAGCUAGUGAAUAUAGAGUUUUGCAUGAUAUCAUGGACAAAUGUGGUGUCAUGUUAACGGAGAGAAAGAAAAAUGAGUUCAAAGCAAGAGAUUUGAUGCAAGAUCUGGGUAGGCUUAUCAAAGGAACUACUGAGCCAGUGCGAGAUAUGGUUUCUGGAUUUGAAUUUGCACCUGCAGCUUUGGGGGCCCUGGUGUCUUAUGCAGAAUUGCUUGGAGACGAGAGUAACUAUGGAAAUUAUAGCUUCCAGAAAUACAAUCUUGAUCUCUACAUGAGGCUGGAUUCUACAGCCAUGAGGGCACUGAAUGUCCUUGAAAACAAAACUGAUGCAAACAAAAACUUCAGUUUAUUUGGUUUAUUGAAUAGAACCUGUACUGCUGGGAUGGGUAAAAGAUUACUUCACAUGUGGUUGAAGCAACCCCUUUUAGAUGUGGAAGAAAUCAACACCAGGUUGGACUUGGUUCAGGCUUUUGUAGAGGAUGCCACAGUCCGCCAAAAUUUGAGGCAACAUUUGAGAAGAAUCUCAGAUAUUGAGCGACUAGUGCGUAAUCUUGAGAAAAGAAGAGUUGGUUUGCACCAUAUCGUGAAACUUUAUCAGUCUUGCAUAAGGCUUCCAUUCAUCAAAAGUGCCUUGGAGGAUUACAAUGGGCAGUUUUCAUUAUCUAUAAAGGAAAGGUAUCUGCAGCCCCUGGAACUUUGGACUGAUGAUGAUCACUUGAAUAAGUUUGUAAGCCUUGUCGAAACUUCUGUUGACCUCGAUCAACUUGACAAUGGAGAAUACAUGAUAUCGCCUGGCUAUGACUCUGCUCUAUGCGUGCUGAAAGAAGAGCAGGAAACAUUAGAAAAAGAGAUUCACAAGUUGCAUAAACAAACUGCUAUCGAUCUUGAUCUUCCUGCUGAUAAGGGGCUGAAGCUGGAUAAGGGUACACAGUUUGGAUAUGUAUUCAGGAUCACCAAGAAGGAAGAACCAAAAAUAAGGCAAAAAUUGACAACUCAAUUGAUUGUCCUUGAAACCCGAAAAGAUGGGGUGAAAUUUACGAACACGAAACUAAAAAAGUUAGGUGACCAGUACCAAAAGGUGGUAGAUGACUACAAGAAUUGUCAAAAAGAGCUGGUUAAUCGAGUUGUGGAAACUACAGCAACUUUCUCUGCGGUGUUUGAGUCCUUAGCUGCCAUACUUUCUGAAUUGGAUGUCUUGCUCAGUUUUGCCGAUCUUGCUUCAAGUUGUCCUACUACAUAUACAAGACCGGACAUCACCCCAGCUGAUGUGGGGGAUAUUAUAUUGGAAGGGAGUAGGCAUCCCUGCGUGGAAGCUCAGGAUUGGGUGAACUUCAUACCUAAUGAUUGCAAACUUGUACGGGGAAAGAGCUGGUUCCAGAUAAUUACAGGGCCUAACAUGGGAGGAAAGUCAACAUACAUUAGACAGGUUGGUGUGAAUGUUCUCAUGGCACAAGUAGGUUCUUUUGUUCCUUGUGACAAGGCUAGCAUUUCUGUCCGUGAUAGCAUUUUCGCUCGUGUUGGUGCCGGUGACUGCCAACUACACGGGGUUUCCACUUUCAUGCAAGAAAUGCUUGAAACUGCUUCAAUUCUGAAAGGAGCUUCAGACAAGUCAUUGAUAAUUAUUGAUGAGUUAGGUCGUGGGACUUCCACUUAUGAUGGAUUUGGUUUAGCAUGGGCCAUCUGCGAGCACCUAGUCCAAGUGGUCAAAGCACCCACUUUGUUUGCAACCCAUUUCCAUGAGCUGACUGCAUUAGCUGACAAGGAAGCAGACAACACAUCUGACGGGAAGCCAAAAGUUGCUGGUAUAGCUAACUACCACGUUAGUGCUCACAUAGACUCAUCAAGCCACAAGCUCACCAUGCUAUACAAGGUUGAGCAGGGUGCUUGUGAUCAGAGUUUUGGGAUUCAUGUUGCAGAGUUUGCAAACUUUCCUGGAAGUGUUGUCGCUCUUGCUCGAGAGAAAGCUUCUGAAUUGGAAGGUUUCUCACCGAGUGAUAUCGUUUCAAAUGAUACAACAGAUGAGGGGGAGUUGAAAAGGAAAAGGCAAAUCGAUCAUGACGACAUAUCGAGAGGGCAAACAAGAGCUCGACGGUUUCUGAAAGAGUUCUCCAAUUUGCCAAUGGAGAAAAUGGACUUGGAUCACUUGUGUGACAAGGUAACGGAGAUUAAAGGAGGAUUGGAGAAGGACGCAGCAAAUUGUCAAUGGCUUCAGCAAUUCAUCCCAAGUCGUUCUUAG